AAUCAAAUCCGCUCUAAUUCUUGUUAGCUAUGUUAGCUGUACCACGUGACCAUAGUAAUACUCUACUCAAUGUACGAUCAGAACCGGGAGGGAUGUUAACAAUACCUACGGAUUUACGUUAACCUCACUAAAAAUGAAGACGGACAUAUAGCAGGAAAUUACGUGGAUUUCCGGCUUGAACACGUGAAGCAGAUAAACAAUACCAUGCCUUCCGCCAGUCCCUCACAAUACAUAUGCAGCCUUAUCGAGGAAAUGGACCACACCGUUCUUCAGCCCCCUUUUCUAAUGGACGAGUCAACAGAUACCCAAAGCGACUGCCGUCGUAGUGGGUACCCACAGAAUGCUCUGGAUAUUGAGGAAAUUUUAUGUGAUUAUAACACCGAGUCGGAGUUGUCGAGACAAGGAAACUGCUAUGAAAACUCUACAGGAAGUACUUCUAAUUUCCAUUCAUGGAACUAUUCUCAACUUCCUCAACGAAAUAUCAAUAUCACAAACUGUGCUCCUAAUGUUAAUGUGACGAGCACACAUGCAAACUAUGGAAACAGUGGAUAUGGACCGGUUCUUGAUUCAUCAAAGCAGGACACGAAUUGUUGUUUGAACUAUCAGAAUAAAUGCUUCCACUUUGACAGAAAUCCCGCUAGUGCUUCACAACUUUGUUCUCAUUACGACCAACGGCUGCAGACCAGCGACCACAAAAUAGAACAAGAAUGUUCAUCUUGGAAGGGAAAAUCUCCGGAAAGUUGGAAUGCGAAGCAGGUGCUGGAUUGGAUAUUUGACGUUGCAGAGAAACAGCAGUUAGAUUGCUCGUUACUGCACGCAGAAAACUUCCGAGGAGUAUCGGGAGGGGACCUGUGUAAAAUGGGAAUAGACGAAUUUCUGCAAUUAGAGCCAAACUUUGGCGGGCUUUUCUAUGAUCUUUUUAGGAAACUGCACGAUGGAAUGGGUUAUAAACCACGUAUGGACACGAGUACGCCUAUGACAGACGGAACAGACGAUUCUUGUUCAUCCCCUCUUAGUCUUUCUUCCUCCCCUCCUCACUUCCAAAUGGAAAGCGGGUCACGGAGUUAUGACAAUCUACAAGAUUAUCAGCCGUGUAAUGACCUUGGGAAGCUGGAAAGACAAGAAAGUAUGUUUUAUGAGCAUCAACAGCAACAUCAACAGCAUCAGCAACAGCAGCCCUAUACCUGCCCUAGAUUACCGCUUCCUCAUCAUAUGCAGGCGCGGCAUUCGUUUCCCGGAGCUACACCUCCGAUGUGUAACAUGAAUGAACGGCAGUGUAUGUACCAGCCAUACUGUCCUACAACCCAAGGGGUCAACCAGUGCACUAUGCCUUGCGAACUGACAUCAACGCCGAUUCCGAGACGGCGGCCAGGGAGACCAAGGAUCAAAAGUCUGCCUACUGAUGAGGAAGCACAGAAAGAGAAGAAAGCCAAGAAUCAGCAUCUGUGGGAAUUCAUUUACGAGAUUCUGAUGAACCCGCUGUACAACCCACAGUAUUUACGCUGGGAGAACCACAGGGAAGGCGUUUUCCGCUUCGUCCAAUCAGAGGCCGUGGCACAAUUAUGGGGCAGUUUGAAAAACAACGAAAACAUGACAUACGAGAAAUUGAGUAGGGCAAUGAGGCACUACUACAAGCGAGGUAUUCUGGAGAGAGUGGAAGGACGUAGACUGGUAUAUAAGUUUACGAGUUUGGCAAUGGAACGUGUCCGAGAGAAGAAACUACCUGUAUAGCCUGUUCGUCUAACAUCAUGUCACAAUUUCCGGAAACCUUGCCAUCGAAUGUGUCCGAGAGAGGACACUGCCGGUAGUGUAGGUGAUAUCUGUCUCACACAGAAUGUCACAACUUCUGGACGUGUCUUUUUCAGUUAUAUGGAGGAGAAUAUCUUAUUUGAAAAUAAGUUAGUUAGAUAUUCAUAUAUCUAAUGGAGUAAUUAAUAAUUGGAAGUUUCUGGAUUUCAAUAGGUCAUUUAUAAUUGUGAGAAUUCAACAGGUCAAAUAUUAUUGUGAGAGAAUUCAAUAGGUCAUAUAUAAUUGCUUUCCUUCUCAAUCCACCUAUUUUUGUGAUAUUAUAAUAUCUACCCCAAUACAAUUUUAUUUAUUAAAUGCUGAAAUACGGCCAUAUAGUGGUAUAUAUAAUAGAACCAGAGUAAAACAAGAAAAAGAGUUAUUGAUAUGCAUUUUCCUACAAAGAUUUAAAAGUACUAUAUGGAAAAAUGUCAAAAUGUUGACUUUAAAUAUUGACUCGUCAAGUUUCAAUUAUAAACCUAUUUUUCGAUGACAGUCAGACAGUGUCAUGAAAUGUCACGCAAUAGAUCAGCUGAAUAUAUAUCAAGACUGGAUAUCUACGUAUGCCUACAUCUGGUAACACUGAUAAAAAAAAAGGAUUAACUACAUUUGUACAUGUCUAAAUCUGCUGAUAUAAAAGGGUUAACUAGAUGUCUAAAUCUGCUGAUAUAAAAGGGUUAACUAAAUGUCUAAAUCUGCUGUAAAAAGGGUUAACUAGAUAUAUUAAUUCACUGAUUAAAAAAAAGUUAACUAAAUAUCAAAAUCCAAUGAUACAAAAUGGUUAUCUUAAUUUCUAGAUUCACUGAUACAAAAUGGUUAACUAACUGUCUAAAUCCACCAAUACAAAUGGUUAAAUAAAUUUUCAAAUCCACUGAUACAAAAGGGUUAGCAAAUUUCUAAAUCCACUGAUACAAAAUGGUUAACUUACUGUCUAAAUCCACCAAUACAAAAUGGUUAGCUAAAUUUCUAAAUCAACUCAUACAAAAGGAUUUGCUAAAUUUCUGAAUUCCACCAAUACAAAAUGGUUAGCUCAAUUUCUAAAUCCGCUGAUACAAAGUGGUUAACUAUAUUUCUAAAUCCACCAAUACAAAGUGGUUAACUAAAUGUCUAUAUCCACCGAUAAAAAAAGGGGUUUGUGAAUUUUUAAAUCCACUGAUACAAAAUGGUUCACUCAAUUUCUAAAUCCACUUAUAAGAAAGGGUUUACUGAGUUUACUAAAUAUCUAAAUCAACUGACACAAAAUGGUUAACAAUAUUUCUAAAUCCACUGAUACAAAAGAAUUAACUAAAAGUCUAAAUGUGCCGAUGCCGUUGGUAAACUAUAUAUCGAAAUAUGUUGGGUAGUAUGUAUGUAAGGUACAUUAAUAUAUCGAAGCAGCAGGUCUGCCUGAUAUAGAAAUAUGAUGGGUAUCUAACCCUCUCUUUUUUCACAAUAUUCAUAUAUUUUAUUAACCAUUUACCGAUUGUUUGUAUAUAGUUAUCUUUCAAUGUUGUAAAUAGUACCCAAAUUGGGGAUUAUGAAAGUCGAGAAAUUGUAAACUUUAAGAAUGUUUAUUCAGUAUUGUAUGAAAUCAGCGAUGAUGGAGAAACAUUUGGUGUGAUGGUAUGUGUUAUAAUAGUACGUCUUAUGCGUGAAAUGAUCUCUGUUUAAAACUGUGUACUUACAUAUUCAAUCUAAUCAAAAUAUAGAUGCUCAUUCUCACUACGUUACAUGAGCAUCUAACGACAUCGCAUAAGGGGUCACAUCAGGUUGACCUUUUGGAUUAACCAAACAAAUUACUACUUACAGAAUUUCCUAUGUGCGAAAUAACAAGACUAACGUGCAUAGCUUGGAUAAUCUGUAAAUCUGUUUCAAGUCAUUUCGUCCAACGAAGCAUAUAGCUAGCUUGAAGUACAGACAUGUUGUACUGAAAUGGUUAGCUUCAGGUACAUGAUGUCGAAAAAUUGACAGUUCUACAUGAAGUGAAAUAUUGAGAUAACAAAGGUGACCAUUAUGCGAUGUCGUUAGAUGUUCAUGUAACGUAGUGAGAAUGACCAUCUAGAUUCUAAUUAGAUCGUUAAAUAUUUUACAUUCCAUGAACGAUUUACUAGUAAUUACACGUACAUUGCUCAUCGUUUUAAUGUGACUUGUUUUUGAGACAUUGAAUGGAAAUGACUAUAUAUACUGUAUAGUGUUAAUUGAACUUAUAAAUAAUUUAUUAAUGAGUGUUGAUUCUCUAUGUGAUAGGGUAACUCAAUGUUAUACAUGUUGGUAUGGUUCGUCUAAUGUCAUUAUCAAAUGACACUAAACUCUCACUUCUGACACCACUGUGUUGUUCAAACGGAUUUUCCUAUGAAGACAAAUUGUUAUAUAUCACUCUAUUUUCACUUGUAGCGCAUUUGAGGAAUACUGCCUUUAUUUUCUAUUCGGGUUAAGAUUUGUAGUUAAGAGGACCCAUUGAAUCAUAGUGCUUGACAAAGAGAAUCCCAAACAAUCGCGAAAACAAACAAUGUUCAGGGUGAUUUACGGUAAUAUGUUUUUUGAAGUGAAAACUUAUUUAGAAGCUAAAACAAAACUAAAGUUUCAUUUUGCUCUAUAAGUAUUCAAAGACAAUAAAAUGGAUUUUGUGAAAUACAAAUAUAUACAUAAUAUUUUAUUUUCUAUAUGACUGUGGCCGAUAAUGAUUCGCUAGUAAUUCGAAAGUAUAGCUUUCUGGGAUUUGACCGAUUUCUUGUGUUUUUAAAGUUAGAUGCUAACAUAUAAAUUGUUUUAACAAACCGAGGAUACAUUCUGCAUACCUAUGGUUAAGGGAAUUUAACAGUGAAUAUCAAAUUUGAAUGCGUACAUAUUGCCAGUCAUGUAACUGUUUACAACAUUAUAGAAAUCACCAGGAACUCCACGAAAGUGACUCGCGCCACAUGAUCUCGAACGUGAUGAGGCAGUUUUUCAUUUGUAUCAAGGGAACUAUUUAUUAAAAAUAACGUUACAUGUUAUGUAGUUAAUGUUUAUACUGAAAGGGAAUCGUUUCUUUAAUAUAUAAAUCUAAAUGGUUGAAAUAUUUUCUUUUAGUUUCAUUAAUACUUUUGAUAGACUACACCAACCGUUUGUUUUUCUUACAUCCGGAGCGUUUGGAAGUAAAACGUUUACCUGCGACCAAAAUGUAAAUAUUCAUACGCCUUACAUCCAAGAUGAUAAGUGAAACACGUUCGAGGGGUUCCGACUGUACAUCACAAAUAAUAUAUUAAAAUACUACUGUGGCGUAUGUACACUGUGUAAAUAUUUAUUGCUGAAAUAUCUUCUUUUUUUUUUUUUUUUUUAAAUAUCUUAUCAUUCCAUUUUAUCUCAUAAGUAAAAACAUUUCACACAAAUUGCGACCAUAGCGACAAAUUAUUGUGACAUAGAUUGUUGUAGAAGUCGUUAUGAUUGAUUUUUUUAGAUUCAGGUGACCUCGUCUGUUAUAAUAUUCAUCGGGUAACGUAUAUUCUAGAAUCUCAACAAUAUGUUUAGAAAAAGUUAUAUAUUUCCGAAAGCAAUAGGGUAAUUUUUUCUUUCAAUUAAAUGCUGAGUAUAUUUUGUAUUUCCCCAAUGUGUUUAGUUGCCGUUUUACUGCCGUUAGCGUGAUAUUAUGUAAAACGUAAACAAUUUGAUAUUGUGUUCAGGGUACUAAAUCUCAAUUAAACACGAGUAUUGAAGCUGUAGUGUAGCAAACGUUACUAGGGAGCUGCCCUGUGAUGUUCAACUUAAGGAAAGCUUUCUUUCCUGGUCAUAUCUCUCCUGUGGUCAUGUAAAUAUAUACAAGAUUAUUGUUGAUAACGCCUUUUCAAUCUUUAACAUGCCUUUUCAUGUUUCCGUGGUCUAUGUUUAGUGCUGAUCAAUGACUCAAAGGUUUUUGUGCAAAAUGUUUAAAAACAAUGUGCUGCCAAUUGUUCCCUCACCGUAGCAGUGCUAACAUGACACUCUCGCCGGGGAAUAAACUAGAUUUAACAGUCACAAUGAUACAGGAGAGGUCAUGAUUAUUUUUCAGAAAAUAAUAAAUUGAUUCCUAGUUAUAUAUUUUAUAUAUUCUUAUUAAGACAUUCUGUUGUUGUUGACUGUAUGAUGCAAUGAAAAUAAAGGAUUUAAAUAUGA